CCCCCCCCCCCCGUGUCUCCGAUUUGGCACUCAAAAAUCAGCGACCGUUUGCCGCCCACCUUUUCCCUGUACUCGUGUUUUUCUAUCCCCCGGAGAUAGCACGUCUGGAACGCCAUGGAGGGUUACUUCUAUUUUCUAGCGCAGUAACAUCUGGAACCAGUCAGGGAGUCUACGGGGAAGGGGGGGCUUGGUCGUCACCCCCCUCGCUCCCCACCUCUCUCUCUCUCUCUCUCUCCCUCCCUCUCUCUCUCUCUCCCUCGCGUUUCGAGACACAAGCACUGCAGAGAGGAGCGCGCGGAUCCGUUCUACCACUCGGCUCCCUCUCCGCGCUUAUAGACUGGAACGGACUCAAUUCAGAUCUCCCGGAGAAGCACGAUGGUCUUACGAAUCUUUUUUGACAACCCCGAGGGAUUGAGUACAGAUCUGAAGAUGUAUUUCGUGUGAGAUCAGAGCUGGAAUAUACAAUGUUUAGGGUUUUUGGGGGCCGUUAAGAUCUUUUCUUUCCCGUGCCAGCGUCCGGUUUUCUUUCUUUGGUUUAGCUGUUGCGUUGCUGAGAUUUCUGGGCAAUUUGAUCCCGUUUUUGAUGAUUACUAACAGCAAGUGGUGCUGGUCUCGUGUUUCUGAGACAGGGCCCGGAUGUUCCGAGGAUGCACUGGUUCGUUUUCUUAGGUGGUUCCAGCGAAGAUCUCUUUCUGUUUUUUAACUCCAUAAUGGGGAUAAGGUAAUAUUAACUCCAGCGCAAAAGAAGGAAUAUCUCAAGCUUUCCGUUGCUUGUUUUAUUUUUAUUUUUUUCUUUGAUUUCUUUUCCUCCUUUUGGUUGUUCCCCGCUACUCCUCCUCCUUUCUGUCUUCUCCAUUCACCUACGGAUAACGCUGGACCACAUCUAUGGUAAAUGAAAGCAAAAACAUGUACUUGCCGGAGGACACCCUUGAUAACCAUCAAGGCUCCAACUACACGAGCCCGGCGUUGCCGGUGGUGACGGCCGCUGUGAGCGAAGGUGAGCAUGGCGUCAGCGCCGGCGGCGGCGGGGUUGCCGUGGGCAGCGGGGUUGCCGUGGGCAGCGCGGUGGUGGGGCUGGCGGCGGAGCACGUGCCCACGCCGAGCGCGGCCAUCAGCUGGCAGGCGGCCAUCGACGCAGCGCGCCAGGCCAAGCUGAUGGGCUCGUCCGGGCCGCCCAUCUGCACGGCCAGCUCCACGCAGCGCCGGCGCCAGCAGUACGCCAAGCCCAAGAAGCAGACCAGCACAGCGGCCACGCGGCCCCCCAGAGCCCUGCUCUGCCUCACCCUCAAGAACCCCAUCAGGAGAGCCUGCAUCAGCAUCGUCGAGUGGAAACCCUUUGAGAUCAUCAUCCUGAUGACUAUUUUUGCUAAUUGUGUGGCCUUAGCCGUGUACAUCCCUUUCCCCGAGGACGACUCCAACGCCACCAACUCCAACCUGGAGCGGGUGGAGUAUCUCUUUCUCAUCAUCUUCACGGUGGAAGCCUUUCUAAAGGUGAUUGCCUAUGGGCUCCUGUUCCACCCAAAUGCGUACCUGCGCAAUGGAUGGAACUUACUGGAUUUCAUCAUCGUGGUCGUAGGGUUGUUCAGUGCAAUAUUAGAACAGGCCACGAAAGGAGACGGAGCGACGCCCAUAGGAGGGAAGGCUGCAGGCUUCGACGUCAAAGCUCUACGCGCCUUCAGAGUGCUGCGCCCACUGAGGCUGGUGUCGGGAGUGCCCAGUCUCCAGGUUGUCCUAAACUCCAUCAUCAAAGCCAUGGUCCCCCUGCUGCACAUCGCACUGCUGGUCCUCUUCGUCAUCAUCAUCUACGCCAUCAUCGGCCUCGAGCUCUUCAUGGGCAAGAUGCACCGAACCUGCUUCUACUACCGGGACGGACACAAGGGGGCCAUAGCGGAGGAGAAGCCGGCUCCUUGCGCCCCUGGUGACGCGACUCAUGGCAGACAUUGCUCCGCCCCCAACAUCACCCAGUGCGACGGCGGGUGGGAGGGGCCUAACGAGGGCAUCACCAACUUCGACAACUUUGCGUUCGCCAUGCUCACCGUGUUCCAGUGCAUCACCAUGGAGGGCUGGACCGACGUGCUGUACUGGAUGCAGGAUGCUAUGGGCUAUGAGCUUCCCUGGGUCUACUUUGUCAGUCUGGUCAUCUUUGGAUCCUUCUUUGUUCUCAAUCUGGUUCUGGGAGUCUUGAGCGGUGAGUUCUCUAAGGAGCGUGAGAAGGCGAAGGCGCGCGGAGACUUCCAGAAGCUGCGGGAGAAGCAGCAGCUGGAGGAAGAUCUGAAGGGCUACCUGGACUGGAUCACGCAGGCCGAGGACAUCGACCCCGAGAACGAGGAGGAGGGCCUGGACGAGGAGAAGCCUCGCAACCUGAGUAUGCCGGCAGGUGAGAGUGAGUCUGUGAACACAGAUACCGCCCCAGCAGGUGACAUGGAGGGAGAGACCUGCUGCACACGACUGGCAAAUAGAAUCUCCAAAUCCAAGUUCAGCCGGUACUCCCGGCGGUGGAACAGGCUGUGCCGGAGGAAGUGUCGUGCGGCGGUGAAGUCUAACAUCUUCUACUGGCUGGUCAUAUUCCUGGUGUUCCUAAACACACUGACCAUCGCCUCUGAGCAUCACCAACAGCCUGACUGGCUCACAGAGGUGCAAGACAUUGCCAAUAAGGUGCUGCUGGCCCUGUUCACGUGGGAGAUGCUGAUCAAGAUGUACAGCCUGGGGCUGCAGGCCUACUUCGUCUCGCUCUUCAACCGCUUCGACAGCUUCGUGGUGUGUGGCGGCAUCCUGGAGACCAUCCUCGUGGAGACCAAGAUCAUGUCACCGCUCGGCAUCUCCGUGCUGCGCUGCGUGCGCCUGCUCCGCAUCUUCAAGAUCACCAGGUACUGGAACUCCCUGAGUAACCUGGUGGCGUCGCUGCUGAACUCCGUGCGCUCCAUCGCCUCCCUGCUGCUGCUGCUCUUCCUCUUCAUCAUCAUCUUCUCGCUGCUCGGCAUGCAGCUCUUCGGCGGCAAGUUCAACUUCGACGAGACGCGCCGCAGCACCUUCGACAACUUCCCCCAGUCGCUGCUCACCGUCUUCCAGAUUCUGACUGGAGAGGACUGGAACUCGGUGAUGUAUGACGGGAUCAUGGCGUACGGAGGACCGUCGUUCCCGGGAAUGCUGGUGUGCAUCUACUUCAUCAUCCUGUUCAUCUGUGGAAACUACAUCCUGCUGAAUGUGUUCUUGGCCAUCGCCGUGGACAACCUGGCUGAUGCAGAGAGCCUGACCUCAGCACAGAAGGAGGAGGAGGAGGAGAAGGAGAGGAAGAAGCUGGCCAGGUGUUUGGCGGCAAGCCCAGAGAAGAGGCGGAACAAUGAGAAACCCCCUCUGGAGGAAGAGAAGAAAGAGGAGAAGAUUGAGCUGAAGUCCAUCACCUCAGAUGGAGGCACACACACACCCACCGCCACUAAGAUUCAUAUUGAUGAGUACCAGGGGGAUGAGAACGAGGAGAAGAACCCGUACCCGGCCAAUGAUCUCACAGGUACCGAUGGACCAGCGCUGAAACGAGAGGAUGACGAGGAGGAGCCAGAGAUGCCGGUGGGCCCGAGGCCGCGGCCGCUCUCUGACGUCCAGCUCAAGGAGAAGGCCGUGCCAAUUCCUGAAGCCAGAGCUUUCUUCAUCUUCAGCCACACCAACAAGUUCAGGGUGCUGUGCCAUAAGAUUGUGAACCACAACAUCUUCACCAACCUCAUCCUCUUCUUCAUCCUGCUGAGUAGCAUCUCUCUGGCUGCUGAGGACCCAGUCACAACCGACUCCUUCAGGAACCAGAUAUUAGGCUAUGCAGAUUAUGUCUUUACAGGCCUCUUCACCAUAGAGAUCAUUUUAAAGAUGACUGCGUAUGGAGCCUUCAUUCAUAAGGGUUCUUUCUGUCGUAACUACUUUAACAUCCUGGACCUGGUGGUGGUCAGUGUAUCGCUCAUCUCCUCUGGGAUUCAUGCCCUGGUGGCCCCUCAGGAGCACCUGAGCAACAGAAGCAGGUCAAGUGCCAUUAAUGUGGUGAAGAUUCUGAGAGUGCUAAGAGUGCUGAGGCCCUUGAGGGCCAUCAACAGGGCCAAGGGCCUCAAACACGUGGUCCAGUGUGUGUUUGUAGCAAUCCGCACCAUCGGGAACAUUGUGAUUGUCACCUCUCUGCUGCAGUUCAUGUUCGCAUGCAUUGGAGUACAGCUCUUCAAGGGCAAGUUCUUCUACUGCACAGACUCAUCGAAACAAACAGAGGCAGACUGCAGGGGAUCAUAUAUCCUGUUUCGGGACGGUAACGUGGGGAAGCCAGAGAGGCGAGGACGAAAAUGGGAAAACAGCGAAUUCAACUUCGACGACGUUCUGCAGGGCAUGAUGGCGCUGUUCGCCGUCUCCACCUUCGAGGGAUGGCCAGGACUCCUGUACCGGGCGAUAGACUCGCACACAGAGGACGUGGGGCCGAUCUACAACUACCGCGUGAUCAUCUCCAUCUUCUUCAUCAUCUAUAUCAUCAUCAUCGCCUUCUUCAUGAUGAACAUAUUCGUGGGUUUCGUCAUCGUCACCUUCCAGGAGCAGGGUGAACAAGAGUACAAGAACUGUGAGCUGGACAAGAACCAGCGUCAGUGUGUGGAGUAUGCACUGAAAGCUCGUCCGCUGCGCCGGUACAUCCCUAAGAACCAACACCAGUACAAGGUGUGGUAUGUGGUCAACUCCACCUACUUUGAGUACCUAAUGUUCACCCUCAUCCUACUCAACACCAUCUGCCUGGCCAUGCAGCAUCAUGGCCAGUUGCAAUCUUUUAACAAAGCCAUGAACAUUCUAAACAUGCUCUUCACUGGACUCUUCACAGUAGAGAUGAUCCUCAAACUCAUCGCCUUCAAACCUCGGCAUUAUUUUGUUGAUGCAUGGAACACAUUUGACGCCCUAAUAGUUGUGGGUAGCGUUGUUGACAUAGGUAUCACUGAGGCUAACCCGACUACUGAGUCCUCCCCAUCUCACUCCACUGCGGUAAGACCAAUGGGACUCCAAAACUCUGAAGAUAACGCCAGGAUCUCCAUCACCUUCUUCCGGCUCUUCCGCGUCAUGAGGCUGGUGAAGCUGCUGAGUCGAGGAGAGGGGAUUCGGACCCUGCUGUGGACCUUCAUCAAGUCCUUCCAAGCCCUUCCUUAUGUAGCCCUGCUUAUAGUGAUGCUGUUCUUCAUCUAUGCCGUCAUUGGGAUGCAGAUGUUUGGUAAGAUAGCGCUGAGGGACCACACCCAGAUCAACCGCAACAACAACUUCCAGACCUUUCCACAGGCCACGCUCCUGCUCUUCAGGUGUGCCACGGGGGAGGCGUGGCAUGAGAUCAUGCUGGCGUGCUACCAUGGGAAGCCGUGUGAGAAGGGGUCGGAGGUCGGCGCACUCGAUGACGGUGGUGACUGCGGCAGCCAGUUCGCCAUCACCUACUUCGUCAGCUUCUACAUGCUCUGUGCCUUCCUGAUCAUCAACCUGUUUGUGGCAGUCAUCAUGGACAACUUUGACUAUCUGACGCGUGAUUGGUCCAUCCUUGGGCCGCAUCACCUGGACGAGUUCAAGAGGAUCUGGGCGGAGUAUGAUCCAGAGGCCAAGGGUCGGAUAAAGCACCUGGACGUGGUAACGCUCCUUCGGCGGAUCCAACCCCCUCUGGGCUUUGGGAAGCUCUGCCCUCAUAGAGUGGCCUGUAAGCGCCUGGUGUCCAUGAACAUGCCUCUCAACAGCGACGGCACCGUCAUGUUCAACGCCACCCUCUUCGCCCUGGUGCGCACCGCGCUACGCAUCAAGACAGACGGCAACUUGGAACAGGCAAACGAGGAGCUGCGCGCCAUUGUGAAGAAGAUCUGGAAGAGGACCAGCAUGAAGCUGCUGGACCAGGUUGUGCCCCCAGCAGGAGAUGAUGAGGUGACCGUGGGGAAGUUCUACGCCACCUUCCUGAUCCAGGAAUACUUCCGCAAGUUUAAGAAGAGGAAGGAGCAGGGCCUAGUGGCAAAGGUUCCAGCCAAAACAGCUCUCUCUCUGCAGGCGGGCCUGCGGACGCUUCAUGACAUGGGCCCAGAGAUCCGGCGGGCGAUCUCCGGGGACCUGACGGUGGAGGAGGAGCUGGAGAAGGCCAUGAAGGAGACGGUGUGUGCGGCGUCUGAUGAUGACAUCUUCAGGGUAAAGAGAUCAGGCGGCCUCUUCGGCAACCAUGUUAACUACUACCACCAGGCGGACGGCUGCAACACCUUCCCACAAUCCUUUGCCACGCAGCGUCCGCUCCACAUCAGCAAGUCGGGCAGCCCCGGGGAGGCGGAGUCUCCGUCCCACGAGAAGCUGGUGGACUCCACCUUCACCCCCAGCAGCUACUCCUCGUCCGGCUCCAACGCCAACAUCAACAACGCCAACAACACGGGCAUCGGCCACGUGCCCGGCCAGGAGCAGAGCAUCAGCACCGUGGACGGGCAUAGCGGGCAGCCCCUCACCCCCAUCCUGCUGCCCCGCUCCGCAUGGUGCUUCCCUCCGAAGAGGACGUGUUUCUAUGAGUCCUUUAUGCGCUCGGACUCCAGUGACAGUCGCUUGCCCAUCAUCCGAAGAGAGGAGGCGUCCACAGACGAGACGUAUGACGAGACAGAUUACUCAGACCUCCCCCCUGACAUGCUAGAGUAUGAGGAUGAGGAGAGUAAGCAGUUGGCUCCCAUGGAGGAGGGGGAGCAUGGGGAGGAGCGACGGCCUUGGCAGUCCCCAAGACGAGCCUUCCUGUGUCCCACCACACUGGUUCGAAGGUCGUCCUUCCACCUGGAGUGUCUCAGGAGACAGACAAGGGGAGAUAUCUCUCAGAAGACUGCACUACCCCUGCACCUGGUUCACCAUCAGGCAUUGGCAGUGGCAGGUCUGAGCCCCCUGCUGCGGCGGAGUCACUCUCCGACCCUCUUCACGCGCCUCUGCUCCUCCCCCUCGGCGAGCCCUGGGGGUCACGCGGGGGGCGAGGGGGGCGCUCUGGUGCCCACCGUGCGGCUGGAGUGCGGCAGCUCCUACGAGAAGCUCAACAGCAGCCUGCCCUCCGUCAACUGCGGCCCCUGGUACAGCGACUCCAACGGCAACAGCAGCGGCCCCUGCCCGCGGCCCCCGCGGCCUGUCUCGCUCACCGUGCCCCCCUUGAUGGGAAAAGAUGCCAGCUCACUCUCACACGGCAGUGCCGGGAGCCUGGUGGAGGCGGUGUUAAUCUCCGAGGGCCUUGGUCGGUUCGCUCAAGACCCCUCCUUCAUCGAGGUGACGAAGCACGAGCUGGCGGACGCCUGCGACAUGACCAUCGAGGAGAUGGAGAGCGCCGCCGACAACAUCCUCAACGGCAACACGCAACCCAGCCCCAACGGCAGCCUGCUCUCCUUCCUCCACUGCAGGGACGCCGCUGGCCAGGCGCCCCCGCCGGAGAGCCCCGACGCUGGGGAGCUUCAGGAGCUGCUGGGGGGGGUCAGCCCGGAGGACCCGGAGCUGGGGCUGGACGACGUGGGUCUGGGCCUGGGCCUGGGCGGGGCCGAGGGGGGGCAGCAGAACAGCGCCCUGCUGGAGGACGAGGACAUGGAGUGUGUGACGAGCUUGUAGGGACGGAGCGCGCGCGCGCGCGCGCGUGUGUGUGUGAGAGAGACCAGCCUGCGGGGACGGAGUGUGUUUCUGGGUUUGCUGGGGUCGGCAGCUGUACAGAAGUCUGCCACUCUCACCCCACCCCACCCCACCUCGCAAUCUUCCUUUUUCUGAUAGGCUGGACCCGACUCUGGCGGCCAAUAGGAUGAACUAUUAGUUAAAACAAAGACAAAUGAUACAUAUUUAUUUUAGGGUUACUAUGCCAACAGUAAGUUAAUGGAAAUGAGGAGUUUCGAUUUCUCUCUUGUAAGUGUGUGUGAGGAUAUGUCUAUGUAGGUGUGUGUGUCUGUGUGUGUGUGUGUGUGUGUGUGUGCGUGUGUGUGCGUGUGUGUGUGCAUCUAUGGGUGUGUCUCUGAAGUGCCUCACAGUUCUUAUUCCCUGCAGAUGAUGUUGAUGUUAGGAUUAGGGAAGCAACUAAAGGAACAGACCCUGCCCACUCACAUAUGGGGAGGAGUGGAGACAAGUGUGUGUGUGUGUGUGUGUGUGUGUGUGUGUGUGUGUGUGUGUGUGUGUGUGUGUGUGUGUGUGUGUCUGUGUAUGUGUGUGCUGUGUGUGUGUGUUGAGACGAAGAGUCGCCAGUCGUGUGUGUCAGUAAGCCACAGUGGACGCCUGGAGCUCCAGUUUCUGCUGGUCGGUCCACGCAUUGGGAAGGUUGCCACGGUAACCAGGAGGCUUUGCUCUCCCCUUUCGCUCUCUGUGCUCCCGAUACGAGCCAGCAGGGGGCGCUGGGCACAGUCACACAGCAGGAGGCUGGACGAACCACUGGGGGGCGCCAGACCCACUUCACUCCUCCACUGAGGAGGACCUCAGGAGGUGAACAAGCUGAGCUCCGGAUCGGACCUCGGCGCCGGACCGGACAGACACGUCACGUCACGUCACCCUGCACUCAAGGAUGCUGCCCCCUCCUCUUCCCCCCGCCCCGCCCGACCCCUAAACACACACUUCCUUCUCUCUGCAGAUGUCAUUUCCUGCCUGUAGUCCCACCCCUACCUCCGACCUCUCUGCCUCCUCCUCCUCCUCCUCCUUCUCCUCUUCCUCUUGUGUGUGGAGGUUGGAGCCCCUUUAGAUUGCCACUGUGAGGUUUCAGUCAGCCUUCAGUGUUGUGCAGAGUGCUUCAAUCUCUCCUCUCCUCCCUCUUCAAUCUCUCCUCUUCUCCCUUUUCAAUCUCUCCUCUCCUCCCUCCACUCUGGUUUUGCACAGCGCUGGGUACUGGCCUUCCUCAGGACACCUGGCUUUGGGUUGAUGAUUUAGUUUGUUUGUUAGUUUAGUUUAAGUGGGGCUUGUUUGUGUUUGUUUGUGUUUGUUUUUGUUUGUUUGAACACAAGCUGAGGUGUCUUUGCUGUGGCACCGCGUGUAAAGAUUGGGUUUCCAUGGAGACGCCCGUGUCAGACUGGACUUCAUUUAUUUAUUUAUUUCUCCCUGACACAAAGUGUGUGUGUGUGUGUGUGUGUGUGUGUGUGUGUGUGUGUGUAUGAGGCGUGGGGGGAUCCCACGCACCAGACAGUUACCUGAGGUAGCAGAGGUGUGGCGUCACACGCAGCCCAGCCCAGGAGUGUGAUGUGACGUGUGUCACUGACAGGCUUGCUUCCAAGGCUUCUUGUCCUAAUUGCUGCUCUCAUGUUCUUGAUUGUUGUUCAGAAUAGUGAACUACUGAGAUUUUAUGUUUGUUUUUUUUAUCUACUAGGGUUAUUGUUUCUGGUAUCUUUAAAGGGUCACAUGACCCCAGAGGUUUCCGAUGUUCUGAUGUGCGCUGUGACUCCCUGAUGAGGAAGAUUCUGAACCACUCCCACGUAGUCGUCAUGGUAACACUAACGCAGCCUCAUGCUGAGGUGUUGCUAAGGUAGCGUCAUGCCCAUCCUGCUAUGGCUCCGCCCCCUGUAAGUCCACCAGGAUGCGGCUACACUACAAGAAAAAUGCAUUCUGGGAAAAGAGGACAACAGUUUAUUUAAAGAACAUUAUUCAGGGACAUCAGUGGGGUAUGGGGGGGGGGGGGGCAAAUGACUCAACAGGAAGGGAGGGCGGGGUUUAUUGGGAUAGUGCUUCAUUUGAGAGACACUUUUUAAUGUAGUUCACAGGGCUAACGACAUCAUUAUUACAGAAUAUAUUAUUAAUAUUAUUAUUAUUAUAAUUAUAUCACUCUGUUUGUAAUUCUAAUUAUAGUUUUACAUGGGGUGCCUGGUUGCUUUGCCUAGCCCUGUAUGCAUGCAUAUGUCACAAUCACACACUACCACAGCCUCAGAAAGAUUUACUGAUCUAUUAUGCAAAUAUGGUGUUCCAGUGUUUAACUAGCAGUGCUGUUGUCGUCUGAUAACGGCACGGUGUGGUGAAGACGCACCAGACAUAAGACUCACCUGUAGGUUCUGUUUGCUCAAUGUGUCACAUGUUCACCAGGAGGUCAUGUGGAGGUCACAUGUUCACCAGGAGGUCAUGUGGAGGUCACUUGAUCGCCAGGAGGUGAUGUGGAGGUCACAUGUUCACCAGGAGGUCAUGUGGAGGUCACCUCAGUGUAAGCCUUCACCUGAGAGUGAUCUAGAGACAUCUGGUCCACAUCCGGUCAACAUCUGGCCUGUUCUGGUCCACAUCCGGUCAACAUCUGGCCUCUUCUGGUCCACAUCCGGCCAACAUCUGGCCUGUUCUGGUCCACAUCCGGUCAACAUCUGGCCUGUUCUGGUCAACAUCUGGCCUGUUCUGGUCCACAUCUGGUCAACAUCUGGUCCACAUCUGGCCUCUUCCGGUCCCAGCUGCUCUGUGGCGAGUGAUGCUAACCCUGUUGAAUGAGGCGUCUUCAUCAUGAACGAUCCUCUUUGGCCUGACACACACACACACACAUACACACACACACACACACACACACACACAUAUCAACCAUGUAGGCUGCAGUGCUGUGUGGAUCUCCAUGCUUCUGAUGGAUGUGUCUGUUUGAAUAUUUUCCAAUUAAACAUUUGGUUUGGCAUGUUGAGUAUACCGUUAA